AAGAGAAUGCUGAGAGGAACAUGCUGGACCCAGCCUCAAGAGAGAAUCCUAAAUUCAAAGAUCUUCAGAGGGUAGGUGACUGUGUCUUAUCCACAUCUCUCAGUAGUAUGUAUCCCUUUAUUCUGAAGAACAAGCACUGAUGCUAAUAGAUGUUGUUGUGUCUAGGUGUUAAUAGACUGGAUCAACAAUGAGCUGGAGGAGGACAGGAUCAUCGUCAAAGACUUGGAGGAGGAUUGCUGUGAUGGACAGGUGCUCCAGAAGUUAUUUGAUAAGGUAUAAUUAGUUUGGACUCUGUGUAGUGUCUGUGGCUGAGCUUGGUGUUUUUCUGAUGAACUGUAUCAUAUUUUGAUGCUGUCAACAUCACUGUUUUCACAGUUUCUUUGAUUCUGAUAAAUGGUGUAACUGUUUAGGGUAAGUGUUUACAAAGGCAUUUGCUGUGUGUAUGUGUGCUUGUGUUUAUUAUGAUACUCUGAGCGACUCCUUUAUAAGUCCCUGUGUGUCUCCUCUCUCCUGGUGACAGAGAAGCUGUCAGGUUGGAAGCUGAAUGUGGCUGAGGUGACCCAGUCAGAGAUAGGACAGAAGCAGAAGCUCCAAACAGUACUGGAGUCUGUCAAUGAGCUGCUCAGGCUUCACAGCUGGUCCAUUGAGAGGAGCGGCGACUGUGAGUUGUCUUUUAAAGUCCAAGACCAAACAUUGAUAGGUGCCAUUCAGUUGCCAGUCUGAGUGGCUAACACACCAUUUAACACACUUAAUAAUAUCUUCUGAAUUGUGAUCAGUUAUCUUUGAUAUCAUGCUAUCAAAGUCUUUCAUAUAAAUCCUAAUUUUAACAUUGAAGUGUAAAAUUAACUCUAGAAAGCACUGCAUUAAACAACAUCUUAACUUAGUAGUCCCAACUAAAACCCUCAAUCCACAGCUAUCCAUACUAAGAACCUGGUGGCCAUAGUGUACCUGCUGGUGGCUCUGGCCAUGCACUACCUGGCCCCCAUCAGACUGCCUGAACACGUGUCUGUACAGGUGGUGGUGGUCAAGGUAAGGAGACACAACACAUAUUUAUUAUCUGUUGCACAUCAUGAUAAUGACUCUUUGGGGGAAUCUCAAUUGCAUUCAUCCUCGCGUCGUCUCUCCUCGCCUCCUCCUCAAAACCCAUUGGAGGAGAAGGUCAGAUGGGCGGGACCUCUGGCUUUCUCAUCCAAUGGGUUUUGAGAAGGAGAUGAUGAGAGAGGAUGCGAGGAGUAUGCAAUUGAGAUUCUCCCAUUGACCUGUAUAGAUGGUUUUGUUUGUUUUAGAAAAGGGAGGGCAUACUGCAGACGUGUCAUGUGACCAAGGAGCUGACAAGCACUACAAAGUACUAUUGUUAUAUCACUUUUUGUUAGUUUGUUUUUUGGGGGGGAUCUUUAUUGUAUAUGUAGGUAUAACAAUCACAUAAUUUUUUUUUCUAGAAUGAUGAUAGGUAGAUUUGGUGAGUAGAUGUUGGUUGAACAUUGAGGCCUGUUGGAAAAUGUGAUUAAUGCAGAGUUUCUUUAUGAUCUUGAUUUCUUUUUUUUUACUGUAUCUCAGAAAGGUAUCAAUUUGACACACUCCUGGAUCACGCACUUGACAAGCUCAAUGUUGUGAAGAAGGUUAAAUAUUUGAAGAGAGAUUUAAAUUUGCAAUAGGCAUUGUGAAUGGUUCCUUUACACUUUAGGGGAGAGUUUGUUAAGUUGAGCCAUAGGGGUAAGUUGAGCCACCCUUGUUUCUAGGAAACCAUACACAAAAUUAAUCAUUUGACCAAAUAUUUAGGAAGAGGUCAUCAUUUCAUGGAGUCUGUGAAGGAAGAAACCACAUGGAAAAAGUAGUAAGCAAGUUAGUUCCAAAAAACUGAUUUUCACGAAUUUAAUUGAAUAUAUUGUGUCAGAGGUUUGAUGGUGCUUGUAUCUUAACCAAAGUAGGUCAUUUAAAGAUUGUUCUAUACAUCAGUUGGGGUCUCUAUAAGCUUCAAUAUGAGGUCCUAAACCUAUCAUGAAAGUGCAUCAUUGUAGCUGUGUGGGCUAAUAUAGUCAAAAUGUUUACCUUGGGGUAAGUUGAGCGAAUGGCCAUGGGGUAAAUUGGGCAAAUUGAAGUGUUUUCUUCCCAGGCGUAAUGCAAGGCAUUAUCACUGGGAUAUGACGUAACAACAGGGCCUAUGUUAAAAGUGUUAAAAAAGUACAAAGUGUUUGUUAGGUGUUAAGCCUGUCUUAAACGUUACUUAAAAUGACAAAAAGUGAUUGUGUUGAAUUGUGUUUGGGAAAUAAAGAUUAAACAUGGUUUUAAAAUGGUAGUGGUAAUAUUUCAUUCAGUACAGAAAUUUGUAGGCGGCUUAAUUUACCCUGUCCCGUGGCUCAACUUAUCCCACAUCUGGGGUAAGUUUUGCCAAGAUACCACUUUUUUUGGACCAUCUAUGUUUUCAAAACUAUAAUGGGUACAUUAAUUCUGAUUAUUUCCAGAGAUACACAACAUCCUGAAAUAUAUGUAGAUAUCUUUGUUAGAAAUAAAAAAAUGUUUUCCCUUGACAGAUUGAUGCUGAAUGUAAAACAUGUCUCAACUUACCCCACUCUCCCCUACACAGUGGUUAUUAUACUUCUUCUCUUAUCAAGUCCCUCAUCACCUUUGUGAACAAACACCUGAACAAGCUGAACCUGGAGAUCACAGAGCUGGAGUCCCAGGUUAGACAUCUGAUCAUGCUUUAUUUAACUACCAAACAGCUCUAUCAAUAUAACAUUGUGUAGCUCUGUGGACAAGAUGCACUUUCUUCCAUAUCCUCAUGUUGUGUCAAUGUCUGAUACCCCCUUGUCUUUGUGUCCAGUUUGCUGAUGGUGUGUAUCUGGUUCUGCUGAUGGGCCUGCUGGAGGACUACUUUGUUCCCCUCUAAAAAUUAUUCCUCACACCGGAGAACUUUGAGCAAAAGGUAGGUAGGACUUUUAGAAGUGGUGUUUCUCUGUGAGAGGUGGACUUGUAGAAGUAGUGUUUCUCUGUAAGAGGUGGACUUGUAGAAGUGGUGUUUCUCUGUAAGAGGUGGACUUGUAGAAGUGGUGUUUCUCUGUAAGAGGUGGACUUGUAGAAGUGGUGUUUCUCUGUAAGAGGUGAACUUGUAGAAGUGGUGUUUCUUUGGUCGACUGCUAGCAAGUUCAUCUUGUUCAUUCUCUCCCCUGGUUCCCCUCAGGUCCACAGCGUGGUGUUUGCCUUUGAGCUGAUGCAGGACGGAGGCCUGAAGAAACCCAAAGCCAGACCAGAAGGUACAGUACUGGCACAAUAUAUUAGAUCAGGGUUUCCCAAACUAGGGGUCGCGACCACAUGUGAGGUCGCCUGAUUUGAAAAUGGGGUUGUGAGGGAAAAUUUGCAAUGAUUAUGUUAUUUUCUACACAGAAGAUCAUACAACAUUAUUGCCUGAUGAUCUUCUGAACAUCCCAAUACCUUUCUGAUGCAUUUCAGUCACUUCAAACCAUACUGUCUUCAGAUUGAAAUACUGUCAAAAAUACUGUCGGACUGAUUUGUAAUAGACUGUCAUAGCCCCAAUAAAAAAAGUAAACAUUGGCCGUAGAUUACAUAACUUUUUUUAGAUGGUGGGUCCGCAAAUCUUUUCAAAUAUCAAAAUGGGGUCGCGGGCCAAAAAAGUUUGGGAACACCUGCAUUAGAUGAACAGGGAGGGCAGUAACGCAUGGGGAAUGUAGGCAGUGAACAUUCAGUAGAAGAGGGAAGCUUGCUGAAGGUAGACUAUCAUCAGAAUGCUCAUGAUGCUUGAGUAGCUUUAAUGCCUUAGAUGUCCAGUAGGUAGAGCUCUUGCCUCACUUUAGAUACUUGAACAUUGGUGUAUGUCUAAGCCAGCCUGUGACCCACACACCCAACCUCACCCCGCCAGCGCUUAUCUUCCUGAAUAUAAAGUUUUAUGUUUGCAUACCAAUAUUACCCAGAAUCAGUCAAGCAGCAUGAGCUUUUCUUUUUGUUUGUGAUCUUCCCUCUCAGAGAGAAGUUAGUUAUUUUUGUUUUUAUAAAUAAUUCAUUACUUAUUUUGUGUGCCUUGUUUGGUUUUAGACGUUGUGAACCUGAACCUGAAGUCCACCUUGAGGGUGUUGUACAACAUGUUCACCAACUACAAGAACUCAGAG